CCGCCUGGUGGCCUGUUUGUGACGUACACCGGUACACGUCGACCGACUCCAAGGACGGCUGCUGUGAUUGGCUGUCGUUUAUCACAUGUUUAUUCUGAAGAUGGCGUCUCCAAAUGGAGGUGACGAUUUUGAGAGCUCUUUGCUGAGUUUUGAGAAGUUGGACAGAGCUUCACCAGACCUGUGGCCAGAGCAAUUGCCUGGAGUUGCAGAAUUUGCUGCAUCUUGUAAAAAUCCCAUCACUAAUUCACCCCCCAAAUGGAUGGCUGAACUAGAGAGUGAGGACAUUGAAAUGUUGAAAGAGCUGGGUAGUCUGACCACAGCCAACCUGAUGGAGAAGGUCAAAGGACUUCAGAACCUCGCUUACCAGCUGGGCUUAGAGGAGUCCAGGGAAAUGACCAGGGGGAAGUUUCUCAACAUCUUGGAGAGGCCCAAGAAGUGACAUGUUUGUUUGGCAAGCAACAGGAAAUUUGGGGACUGCAAGGUGAAACUGAUCUAUGUGUUUACCAAUACGCUCUGAACAUACAGCAACAAAGACUUUGCACUCAAACUGUAAAUCGGAGCAGAAAUGCUCUCUCGGUGCACCUGUUGGCCUCCUAGAUACAGUAGAUGCCUUUUACAUUUACGGAAACUUUAAAAGAGUUACUACUUCUCUCAGAAUUUCUCUAUCGCUUGUAGACUUGCCUUGAUAAAAUGUUCCUUAUUUAUUCUUAUUUCUAUUUUAAA